GUUUGUGAUCGCGUUGCUCACAUUGACACUUUUGUAUUCACAACAAACGUGGGAAUGAUGCUGUCUUUCACACUAGAGUCUUCCAUAAGUUUCCGGAAAACAAAAUGCAAUCAGAGUAAUGGACUAGAGAAUGUCCCCCUUUUUAAUUGAGGGCAGUGGUGAAGAAAGAGGCUUUUUCCAACUUUCAGUGCGGUGACUCUCCCAGGCUGUUCUAGUCGUACCCAGUCCUGCCUGCCAGACAGCUGCACCUGCUUGAGAUUCAGCCAGAUGUACAACAGCGAGGGACUUCUAAACCAGCAACAAGAGGAGGGCGGCUACAGCAGGCCUGUGUUUGAGUGCAAUGCCUUAUGUGCCUGCAGCAAUUCCUUCCAAAAACAUGUGGUCCAAAAUGGGAUCAAGGUCUGCCUUGGUGUCUUCAGCACCAAGGACAAAGGCUUGGGGUGGAGACUAGAACGCCUCCCUUGUGGCCGCUUUGUGUGCGAGUACGCAGGGGAAAUCAUCGGGCCUCGUGAGGCAUGUCACCGCCAGCUGUCCCAGACUCCCAAUGAUAUGAAUUACAUUAUCGCUGUUCAGGAGCACAGUGGAGGAGACAGGGUCACCCAGAUGUUUUUAGACUCUGUGUGUGUGGGAAAUGUGGGAAGGUUCAUCAACCACUCGUGCCAGCCCAACCUGCUCAUGGUGCUGGUACGCGUGCACUCACUGUUGCUCAGACUCGCUCUGUUUGUGAACCGACAUAUAGAGAAGUGUGAAGAACUGACCUUUGACUAUGUUGUUGGACUCAACAGCAACACAAAUGAACAGAAAUGGGAUAGAGUGUCAAGCAAGACUCAGACAUGGCCUGCUGGUGGAAAAAUACAAGGAGAAAAGCCUGUUAUUGUGGGGCUUCGAACUGUUAAAGAUUUUUACCAUUAGAUAUCUCAGUUCUCAAUUAAAACCAGUUUUAAUAGCAGUGUAAAUCUUCCCUGGCUUUGGAUAUUCUCCAUUUAGUUUAAUACUACAUCUACUUUAAUCCAUUUAAAGGGAUAGUUCACCCAAGAUUUGCAAUAUUUCAGCUCUGUAUGUCCAUACAAUGCAAGUGAA